GUGGUCCAGCCACUAGCACGGUAAUCGCUUGCCAGAAGACCACCAGAAUUGUUCAACAUGCUACUGGCAGUGGCACUACUUUUAUCGACUUUGAUACCCCGAUUGGAAGGGAGGUUUUUGGAAAUCAGCAAACAGCCACCCGGAACCGUUGCGAUUGUGCCGAAUGAUGACGAUGGCGAAAGUUUGCUGCUAGGUCCUCCGCUAUUUGAAGAUCUGCAAGAACUCGACCGCGAAAAAGCAAGUGAAAUGAUUUCGGUGAAACUGUUAAACCAGUACCACGCGAAGACGUUCGAUGUUGCGGAUGAUCAGCUGCACGGAAACGACAUGGUUCUUGAUGAAGAUCGCCCACUGUCAGGCAGAGAGUUAGGCUAUGAAGCGGACAAUCGGUUGGAAGCGCAGGGAAAUGACUUGGUAGAGCCUUACGUUCUUCAUCCAUCUUCGGUCGAUCCGGAUGUGAUCGAUGGGAAAGAAAAUGGUAUAGAGGAAGACUUUGUACCCACUGAACCGAUCCUUGACAAACGUCUGCUGGGCGACGACAGCGACGGUUGGAUGCAAUCCGAUGCAAACAGUGGCCGCAAUUUUCCACCGAGUAGAAGCAUCGUUCGGGAGGGUGCAAAAAAGGUCGAUUCAGUGGGCUCUGCUAGAACAACCACUACCACUACUACCCUGACGACUACUAGCACAACCACUAGAACGACUACCGUGCGUAAAAUGAUGCGCAAGAUACGUCAACAAUCGGUUAGCGGAUCAAGUACUACUCGUCCACCGAGUAGCACUCAGCGAACGCAUUCGAGCAGAUCGACGGCGAUUCCACAAGUCGCAACAACGACCACAAGUCAUAGGCCACCCGUUCCCAAGAUAGACAUCACAAAGCUUAAUCUGGACCAUCUUGAGAAUGACCUGCUAUCCUUUUCCACUCUGGUUCCCCCGCAGGCUUUAGCACUCGCGUCCGUUGCCUCAUCCACCCGGUUGCUUCCGCGAAGCAUCAAACCGGAAGAAAUGGUACCGAGCUGCGGUUGUCAGCACCGCAAGCGUUCCCUGGCGAAGAAUCUGUACUCGUCGGAGGAAGCUGCCGUCGAUCCGGUGGAAGAUUACGACGAGUACGAUGACUACGACUAUAACGAGGUACAGAAGAGGCCUGCUACAAGAUCGCUUGGUGAGCGGGCUACGCUGUUUCCGGCCAUGUCGCGACUGCUGGCGGGCACUGGUUCCAGUGAAGUACCGGAGAGUAGCAUCGAACGGGCGGAGAAGGUGCACGGUACGCUGGAAAGGUUGAUGGGCAUCGUGACCAUCUUUUCCCACGUGGAUGAGUUUAUUCAGCGCAAAACGAAGCAAUCGAUACGGCGGCUGGCGCGGCUGUACGAGAGCGAAGAGCUGGACUAA